GAUAGACUUCUGCGUAAGAAAGCUGGAUUGACUGUUGUUCCUUCAUGUAAUGCCUUGAGAAAUUCUGAAUAUCAAAGGCAGUUUGUUUGGAAGACUUCUAAAGAAACUGCUCCAGCUUUUGCAGCCAAUCAGGUAGUUUAAUGGAUGUAAUACAUUUCUGAGUACCAUUAUCUUAUCUAGUAAUGUAGAUUUACAUAGAAUUAAGAGUUGCAAGAAAUUAGGUACUUAAGUAGCCUGGAGGUAGGUUCUAGAAAACCAAAGUGAGAAUUUUGCUAAAAUCGUCCUGUUACUUAUGAUUUAUGGUAGUAAUAUUAUACUGUCCUAGGCUACUGAUGAUCAUUGUUGCCAGAUGCAGCACAUAUACUAAAUAUGAGACAGGGUAAUGAAAACUUGGGGAACUGGUAAGUUUUUGCAUGCUAUAAGAUUUUUUUACUUAAUAAAAAAUUAUUAAAUUGAUUUUAUUCUAAAAUGUGUUUUGUUGACUAAUAUAUUGCAUGUUUUGUGUAUUCUAAGAAAAGCAUAACUGCUUUGAAUAUUUAUUUUAAUAAAUACAAAAUAUGUUGACAAUAACACAAGAUACGUAAUUUUGUCCUUAUAUCAGACAAAUAGUAAUAGGCAUUGUCGGUAUAACUAUAUUUGUAAAAUUCAGAAGCUGUAAUGAUGUGGUUUUAGAUUUCAUUAUAGUCCUGCACAGUUUUAGUGUUGAGAUACCAUUACUAAUAAAUAGUCUGUUGUUUUACUACCUUCAUCCCUUAGGCAGUUCUUAGGCUUUAAACUCUCAUUUAUGUUCUUAACAGUACUUCUAGGCAGAGACAGGAAAUACCUCCACUUGUAAUAUCCCCAGAGACCUAUAAUGGCUUAGUCUGUUUUUUCUUCUGGUCUUUGUGUUUUUCUUUAUAAAUAUACACACUUUCACACACCCUUACAUUCAUUUUCUCCUGUACAUCAGCAUUCACUUAUGUAUUGUGUAUAGCCCUAAGAACUGACGGGAUAAUUAGAUUCAGCAAGACAAUAACAUCUAGUCAUCUUACAUUAAGAUGAAAAAAACACCAGUGAUCCUAUAAAUCGUGGCAGCUUUGGGCUUAUUCAAUUUUUAAAAUACCUUUGAAAUUUAUAUAACAUUUUAAGAAGCUAUGAAGUAACAAAAUGAUAAGUACCCGUUAUUAACCUAGUGAAUAGGAUCAGUACUUCUUUUGCUUACCUACAGGGUUUUUUGGAGAUUAAGUGUAUCUAAAACAUUAUUUACAACAUAAAAAUUGUAAUUAUUCAGUUUUUUAUAGAGUGUUUGACCUUGAAGAUAGAGCUGAUUCAAAUGAAAUCAUAUCGUCAACAAAUAGGGCUUUUACAUGUCAGUGAAAGCGUUGUGUAGAAAUGUUACAUUUAUGAGAGAAAUCACUAGCGAUAUAUUCAUUGGUAGUUUUAUUGCUUUCUUUAAUGUGUUUCACAAGCUUUUUUUUUUUUUAGAAGGAAUUGCUCAUUGUUCAAAGCAUGUUGAAUUUAGAGUCUAUGGAUUGAAGAGCUUUGAGACAGCUUUCAAUGCUUGUUGAUAGGAAACCUCUAAAAAGGUUUUCCACAAUAAAAGCCAGUUUACUCCACCAUUCAAAGGUAACUCAGUCAUCCAUGAAACUGAAUACAAAAGAAAUUUCAAGGGUUUAUCUCCAGUGAAAGAACCAAAAUUAAGAAAUGAUUUGAGAGAAAACAGAAAUCUUGAAACAGUAUCUCCUGAAAAGAAGAGUAAUGAAAUAGACGAUCCUUUAAAAUUGGAAGCAGAGAUGGAAUUAAAAGACUUACACCAGCCUAAAAAGAAGCUUACUCCUUGGAAACAUCAAAGACUUGGGAAGGUGAAUUCCGAAUAUAGAGCAAAAUUUCUGAGCCCAGCUCAGUAUUUAUAUAAAGCUGGGGCUUGGACACGUGUGAAGGGAAACAUGCCAAAUCAGGGUUCUCUAAAUGCCAUGUGGUAUGCCGAGGUUAAAGAACUCCGAGAAAAGGCUGAGUUUUAUAGGAAGCGAGUUCAGGGGACACAUUUUUCUCGGGACCACCUGAAUCAGAUUCUGUCUGAUAGCAACUGCUGUUGGGAUGUCUCCUCAACUACAAGCUCAGAAGGAACCAUUAGUAGCAACAUCAGAGCAUUAGAUCUUGCUGGAGAUACUACAAGCCAUAAGACUUUGCAGAAAUGUCCUUCUACAGAACCAGAAGAAAAAAGAAAGAUCGUGGAAGAACAGCCCCAGAAAAAUACCACGGAGAAAUUGGGCGUGUCACCUCCCACUCUACCUGUUAGAAGGCGGCUGGCUUGGGAUACAGAGAACACUAGUGAAGACAUACAGAAACAGCCCAGGGAGAAAGAGGAGGAGGAGGAGGAGGAGGAAGAGGAGGAGGAUGACAAUGAGGAGAAAGGGGACAGGAAAACGGGCAAGCAGGCUUUUAUGGGAGAGCAAGAGAAGCUGGAUGUACAUGAGAAAUCUAAGGCAGACAAGAUGAAAGAAGGGUCGGAUUCUUCUUCUGUAUCCUCAGAAAAAGGAGGCCGGCUUCCUACUCCCAAGCUGAGAGAACUUGGUGGAAUCCAGAGGACUCAUCAUGAUCUCACUACUCCAGCUGUUGGUGGUGCUGUUUUAGUGUCUCCAUCUAAGAUGAAGCCUCCAGCCCCAGAACAGAGGAAAAGAAUGACCUCUCUGGAUUGUUUAGAAACUUCAAAGAAUGAUUUUACUAAGAAAGAAAGUCGUGCUGUAUCCCUACUGACUUCUCCAGCUGCUGGUAUAAAAACAGUUGAUCCUCUGCCUUUGCGGGAAGAUUCCGAAGACAAUAUCCCCAGAUUUACUGAGGCAACUCUUCCAGUUUCAAAAAUUCCAGAAUACCCAACAAAUCCCCCUGGACAGUCGCCUUCUCCACCGCAUGUUCCAUCCUACUGGCAUCCCUCUCGUCGAAUUCAGGGCUCUCUUAGAGAUCCAGAGUUUCAGCACAAUGUGGGAAAAGCAAGGAUGAACAAUUCGCAGUUACCUCAGCAUGAAGCCUUUAAUGAUGAAGAUGAGGACAGAUUGUCUGAGAUUUCUGCUCGCUCUGCAGCUUCUAGUCUCCGGGCUUUUCAGACUCUGGCACGAGCUAAGAAAAGGAAGGAGGAUUUCUGGGGUAAAACAUAAACCUAGUUGAGUUGCCUUUAUCUAAGGAAACAUUGGCAUAAUUUUUCUUUAUUGCUUACUGUGUUAAAAUUUUGAGUGUUUGAAAUUUUUCCUAACAUUUUCUAGUUUGAAAUAUUUAAUUUCCAAUAGAACGGUUUACUUGGAAAUUUUUAACAUAGGCUUAUACAAAUUUAACUUUUAACGAAUUCUUUUUACAUCUAUCCCAGAGUACAAAGACAUAGAUUAUUGAAUUCUUUACAUGUUGUAACUUUUGUAAUAGGUGUCAUGGAUAAAUUUUCACCUAUCCAGAGAAUAUUCUAAAAAGAUAAACAAAGUGAAGUAAAAGUUAAGAUCCCAGUGUGAAGUAUGUAUUUCCCUAAGAUUUGAUAUAUAUAUCUUUAUAAUUGAUGAUGUUGUAAAAUGAAUUUGUUGUUCCUUUAACCUUUGCUGUAGUGUUUCUUUUUAUUUUAGUUCCUUCUAUUCGUGUUUGCAGUGUUAAGAUAAUUGUACUUUGAAAACACCAGCUGUAUAUAUUUUUCUUAUGUAACAAAGUUGGCUGAAAGAUAUGUAUAUUUUUGAUCUUUGAGUGUAUUCUAUUUGUGUAAGGACUUUGGCUUACAUUUGAAUAAUGUCUAGAUUUUGAAAAAUUACCUGUAUAAUGGAGAAUUAAAACUCGGAAGACAUUUUGAAAUAAAAAUUGAUCAAGUGUGUUUGGCUUCUCCAGAAAGUUAUUACAUGGAACAAAUAAUUAUCUUUUAGAAGAAUUCUACUCAUAACAGGUUAAUGAAAAGAUAUACUUGUUUUGCAGCUGUCAGAAUGGAAUGGAGCCAAGUCUAUGAUAUUUUCACACAAAUGUAGGACAAAGAAUUUCCAAGGCAGACUCAUUUACAGAAAUUUAACACAAAACUUUUUUACUGUAUUUCUUCACUCACAGGACAUGUUCUGUUGUCUUACUGUUUAUCUUGCAAAUCAUGAUAAAUUUAAGUUUCUAAAAAUACGGAUUUUACAACUACGUUACGUAAAAUUUUUACAUAAUACAUAGAAAGUACUGAAGCUAAAAUAUACAGAAUAUUCAUGCUUAUUGAUUAGAAAACAAGUGAACAAUCUCUUCUAAAGUGAUAAUUUGGUCAAAAGUGCAUUUGCAAAUCAUUGGUUCACAAUAAGUUUGUUAAAGAUCCUACAUUAUCAUGAGGUUUUAAAGAACUGUAGGCAUACAAAUAUUUGCCUAUCUUCCACUGACCUUUAAACUAGUUUGUUCAUUAAAGGCUACUAAGGCAUUAAAUACGAAAAUAAAAGUUUGAAAUUAGAGUAUAACUGGACUUUAGAUCACAAAUUGGCUUCUAUACAUAUGUGCACUGAGGCAUGUUAAUUGUAAAAUAGGUUUGGAACUUAUCUCUCUAGACGAUAGAUAUAUCAUUGUCCUCUUCCUCAAAGGUUGAUUAGUCUAGUUGGUUAGGACAGAGUUUUCAAUGGCUGACCACUGAUAUAUGGUAAAUAAGUUCGAAAUUAGAGCUAGCUUGCAGGGGAUUUUGCGUAACUCAGUCUAUUUUAUCUAAGCUAUAGACGUAAAAUCUGGGUACACCCAUUAGAGUGAUCAAACCACAUGAACUUGAUCUAUCAGGUGUUAGAUGGAUUAGGAUAUAGUUCUCAUGGGGACAAGGUCAUGACCCCAGUCUCCAUGCAACAAUUUAGCUCUGCAGUUAUUGAUUGCUUCUGUUAAAAACCCUAUUCAGUGGCCCAGGGGAGAGAACAGUGUUGAGGGCCCAGUAGAGUUUUAUUGCUUACACUAAGGGCAACUCAGAAGACAUGCAUUUGAGUUGGUGAGUAGUCUUUGUUACAUGAUAACUGCCUCUUGAGAUUUGCUAGUAUUCAGGAGCUGGGAUUGCUAAUUCAAAUUUUUAUUAGUUUUAUUAAGGCAUACUUUAUAAUAACUGCAAUUGUUAAAAAUUAGAGCUUAAUGAGUUUGAAUAGAUGUACACAUCUGUGAAACUAACACAAUCAUGAUACAUUAUAUUUCCAUCACCCCAAAAGUUUCUUCAUGUUCUUUUGCAGUCAGUCUGUCCUUCUACCCCUGGUCCCCAAGACAACCAAUAAUCUGCUUUCCGUUGGUAUAAAUUAGUUUACAGGAAUUUUAUAUAAAUGGAGCCAUCCUUUAUGCCUGACUUUUAUUCAGCAUAAUAUUUUUGAGAGUCAUCCAUGUUUUGGUGUGCAUGUUGCCUCUUAAUUUAUUCACUUGCUGGUGGACUUUGGGGUUGUUUUCCGUUUGGGAUUGUAAUGAAUAAAACUGCUAUCAGUAUUGGUGUGCAAA